UACUGGAGAGCAGCAACUGGUUCGUUCGCCUCGUCGGUGCUGCUGCUGCUGCAACACCUACAACCAACGGAGGAGAACGGGCUGGCCGACACUGUUCACGACUAAUUUUGGUGGAAUAACGCGGCACUGAGCUGCUUUCACACCUUUGUACAGGCUUUAAUACUUGGGAAGCAGAGCUUCUUCGCCAAUGGCAAGUCCGGUUGCAGACAUAGGACAGUCUCAUCAGCAUCACCCUGUGACCGAGUCGGCCGCAGAGUCCGCGUUUCAGGAGGCGCAGAAAUGGAUAGAGGCUGUGACAGGAAGAUGCUUUGGUGACAAGGACUUCAGAGGAGGUUUGGAGAAUGGGAUACUGCUAUGCGAGUUGCUGAGCUCUAUUAAACCUGGCCUGGUGAAGAAAAUUAACAGACUUCCAACACCCAUAGCUGGCCUGGACAACCUCAGUGUGUUUCUGCGCGGCUGCGAGGAGUUGGGACUGAAAGGCUCCCAGCUGUUUGACCCUGGAGAUCUGCAGGACACGUCAACACGCCCCACUGCCAAGGGAAGUGACUGCAGCCGAAAGCUCAAGAAUGUUUUAAUCACCAUCUACUGGUUGGGUCGUGCUGCCAACAGCUGUACCUCCUACAACGGUCCCACACUGGACCUGAAAGAGUUUGAGGGCCUGCUGUCACAGAUGCGAAAGGAGGCAGACGAGGCAGAGAGCCCUAAACGCAGCAUCCGGGACAGCGGCUACAUCGACUGCUGGGACUCUGAGCGCAGCGACUCUCUCUCCCCGCCACGCCACGGCCGCGAGGACUCGUUCGACAGCCUGGACUCCUUCGGCUCACGCUCACAACAAACCCCGUCGCCGGACGUCCUGGUCGCCCGCGGCAGUAGUGAUGGCCGCGGCAGUGACUCAGAGUCCGACGGUCCUCCUCACAGGAAGAUGCCAGACGUCCGAAAGGAUGACAUGUCGGCACGGCGGACGUCCGUCAGCGAGCUACGAACUGCCAUGCCCUUUAACCAGUACCUGCCCAACAAGAGUAACCAGAGUGGAUAUGUGCCCACACCACUCCGGAAGAAGAAGAACGAUAAAGAGGAGGGAGCACGCAAGAGUUGGAGUACUGCUACCUCCCCUGUAGGAGGAGACAGACCAUUCAGUACUCCAGCUCGCUCGUGCUCAGAGGAUUUCUUCCACCAUUCAACGACUCUCGCAGCAAAUGCUGCGGCAACCCCCGUGGACGCAGCAAGCCCCGUCAUCACGUCAGGGCAACAUCCACCUGUGACGGAGCAGAAGGGAGCUGCUGCUGUCCCGUCAGUCGAUGCAGAGAAGGCCGGCCAAACACCCGCCAGACCCUCUCCCAAACACAUCACAGCCCCGAGUCCCCCUCACUUCCUUCCUUUGCCUGCCGCCACGGCAACCGUUACAACAGCAACAACCGAUACAGGCCGACGGAAGGGAAGGGCACUGAGCGAAAGUGACGACUCACAGGGAGGGAGCUCUUGGAUGGACAGCAGUCUUCCAGCAACAUUCAGCCGCACACAUAGUGUGUCAGAUGACCCGCAGAGUGUGAGUAUGAUCGACAUGCGUGGUGAGGAGGAGGCCAUCUUGCAGCCUCACAGUCAGGUGCGUCAUGAACUGAUGCACAACCAGUAUAACAGGAUGAAGGAAGAAGACGAUCACUGGCAGGACGACCUGGCCCGAUGGAAAAAUCGGAGGAGGAGUAUUUCCCAAGACCUGAUCAAGAAGGAGGAGGAGAGGAAGAUGAUGGAGCGGUUGAUGUCGGGAGAAAGCUGUGUCUCUCAGAGGAGGAGAAGCAUCAAGACCUACAGAGAGAUAGUGGAGGAGAAGGAGCGUCGUGAGGAUGAGCUGCGGGACGCGUACAGGAGAGCCAGAACCCCAGAAGAGGCAGCAAUCAUCCUCCAACGUUACGCCCAACGUUUCUCCAUCAGUGAAGCAGUCCUGGAACGCCUACACCUGCCAAAGCUCCUGGACCGCAGCAUAUCUGCUGAUCCCUCCUUUCCCCCAUCAGCUUUCCCUCUCUCCCUCUCCCUGUCCGCCUCCCCAACAACCCCAGACCCCUUCGACAUGGACCCCAACGGGCCCAUGAGGUAUCUGCGCCAGCAGUCCGCCCCGGCUCCGAAGUUCACGUCCACACUGGAGGCGCGAAUCGAGGAGUUUCCCAAAGACUCCUCACACCAGCGGCCUCAGAUUCGCUCCCGCUCAUCUGAGCCGCCAUCCAACCGGAAUCUGUCGCCCAAACCGGUGCCUUUGCUGACACCCAAGCCUUACUUCCAGUCACGACCCACAGCAGCUGACCCAUGGCCCAGUAAGACGGAUGGUUUGCUCCGAGUCAACGGUGACAUAGGGAGUGACGACGUUCCCGCCACGCCCGAGAGUCAAGGAAGAGAGUCUCCUCCUCAUUUCGAGGCAUCCCCUUCUAAAACCAGCAACAGCACUGUAGAUGCUCCGUCGUCAGCCUCACCAACACACACCUCAACCAGAGGAGAAAGCCCCGUGUCAACAAAGGCCGAGGAGGCACCAAGUGCCACAGAGGCGGCUUCGCAGGACGUGCAAGAAGAGAAAGUCACUGAGCAUUCGACGCCACCCAGCCGACCCACCUCACUCCCAUCGGAGCUGCAGAAGCCAGAAGAAAGCUUUGGAAAGACUGGGAGCCAGUCAGUAGCUGCUACAGAAGAGGAGACAUCAAAUGCUGCAGCUCAGCAAAGGUCACCUGCAGAAGCCAAACAAGAACAAAAAAAACCUGAACCAUCAGGUCAAAACAUUUCCAACCUUGUCCAGUCAGGAGUCAGCACGCAGCAAAGUCAGCCAGUAGUUUCACAGGCGAGUGCUCUCAGUUCCCAGGAGUCGUCACUGAGGAGAGAAAAUGUACCAAGCUUAGCUGCACCAGGAUCAUUUGAAUAUCACCCACCAAGGGAAACAACAGCAGAGUUUGCAAACAGUGUCAGGUCUCCACUGGCAACCAGCAAUCCUAAGUUACGCUGGGAGUUCUUCGUUCCACCAGAAGAGAAGGAGAAGGAUCGCCGUGGAAACGUGUCAGUGCCGGUGUUGCCCCAGGCCAAGCGGGCUGACCGCUGGUCUUGGGACCCGGAUGAGGAGCGAAAGCGUCAGGAAAGGUGGCAGCAAGAGCAGGAGCGCAUGCUGCAGGAGAAGUACCAGCGUGAGCAGGAGAAGCUGAAGGAGGAGUGGGAGAGAGCACAGAGGGAAGUGGCGGAAGAGGAGAGGAAGUACCAUGAGGAGGAGCGAAGGAUACUGGAGGAAACUGUAGCGCCUCUGACUCCCCGCUCCUCAGCCCUGCCCUCCCCCAGCCGAGGGGAGAUCUCCUCCACCUCAGAGCCCCAGGACACCAUCGUCCGUUCGCUGGCCGACUGGGAACGCAAGCAGGAACUGCUGGAGAGGCAAUCGAGGGGGAGCACAGAGAAUGUCGAAUGGAAGCGGAGAGAAAACGACAGGACCAGUGACAUCAGCACUGCUGACGACAGCAUGAAGACAGGCAGAAGCUCGAUGAGCAGCAGUCAGGUAGAGACAGUCGGUCACAGUCUACAGAACGGACAAAAACAGCCGACCAAAACCUCGACUCCAGUGAAGAAGCAGGAACAGCCUUCAGCAGACAGCAACAAGCCCAGCCGGCCUGCAGGAGACAGGAGGAGUGGUCCCAUUGACAAUAACAUGUGCCGCAGCUCAUCAAAACCCCCCGCAGCAUGUCCACCACCUUCAGACACACUGCCUCCAGCACCCAACAGGUCUGUCAGUGGGAAGAAGCUGUGCUCCAGCUGUGGGCAGCCGUUGGGGAAGGGAGCGGCCAUGAUCAUAGAGACCCUAAGUCUUUAUUUCCACAUUCACUGCUUUAAGUGUGGGGUGUGUAAGGGACAGUUAGGCGACACGACCACAGGGACGGACGUCCGGAUCAGAAAUGGCCUCCUCAACUGCCAUCAGUGCUACAUCCGCUCCCGCUCGGCCGGACAGCCAACCACGUUGUGACGCUCAACAGGAAAGCACAAGGUUCAUGGAAGAAACCCUGUUUUUAACCCGAUUAUCUGCAAAUCAUGUCCUUCACAGCGUAUCAGGAUCUUUGCAUCCUCUGCAGCUCAAUAACCAAUGAAGAUUCAUCACGGGGGCCAAACAGGGGAUCUGGGGACAGUCACACGUAUAAAAAAAAUAUAUACUCUUCGUGUUUAUGUCAUCUGAUAUGUGAGUGAAAUCAGGAUUUGAUUGGUCCACGUACCACCGCAGACUCUGUUUCAUCAUACAGCAAGAGAAAGAGAGAGGGAGAGACUGUUCUGGGGUGGCGGCCAUGUUGGAAAGAAAACACAAUAACAUUAACAGAUGCUUCAAACACAGGUAGGCUAUUGUUAACCUCCUAUACUGUCAGAGUGAACACACACAGAAAAUAUGGUGUUCACGUCUUGGUUAAGUAGAAUCAGAUUCUAUUUUCCUGGUUGGAAAAAAUGUGAAUAUUAAUCAUUUAUUUCCAUUUGAUGGAAACGCAGUAUAUCAUUUAGUUACUGACUCAUUUUAUCAUUUAAGAACAGUUUUAUUAAUUUGGAUAAAUAUCCUAAAACAUGGAGAGAAAACUGAAAAUGUGGUCAGGCAGCUCAGAUUGGGUUUUCUUUUUAAUUUCUCUCAACAGGCUGGAUCUGCAGUAUAUUAAUAAUUUAAUGCCCUUUUGAAUUGAGUAUAAAUUAAAACAGAAAUAUAUACAGAAACUUUCUUUUAAGUACAAUAAAGGUCACUAUAAACCCACUAUUUAGAUUCACAGACAGUAUAUACAGUUUUAUCCUCUGGCCCUCACAGUGAUCUAACGUCUCUUGUUCUGUGCUCCUGAAUAAAUUUAGCUUCUAAUAUAAACACAUAUUAUGGAUGUAGUUUCAUCUUUCGGGCAAUAACUCGACUCGUGAGCUGUUCUCAUGCUUUGGGGUCACGGCAGGUUGCUCCUCGGUCAGCCUGUCCGCUUGGAGAGUCAGAACUUUAAUGUGCCUUAGGAAAGCAAGGUGAUGCAGGAGAAAGAACACCAGCUGUAUGGUGUUUUAUUUCUCUUUUUUUAUUUUCUUCUUAUGGGUGUCGGGAGGGAUUUGGCCAAAUUUGAACCCUUAAACUGCAGACAGACUGGCUGCAGCCCUCCCUCACAUCCCGCUUUACUUCGGUUGAUAAGUACUGCUUAUUUUACAUUAACAACACCCUUAAUUUCAUAUUUCCCCCCUCUGUUAUUCCUCAGUGAUUUGCAGUGAUAAAAAACAGUGCAAAGGAAAAACAGUUGUCCUCUAUUUGGAGAAAAUAUUUACUGCAGGGGAGACCAUUGAUUUAAUUUUGAAUGUUGUUUUAUUCUAGAGAGAUAUAGACUUCUGUAUGCUAUUAAUUGAGGUAAUUUUGAUAAUUGCUCAGUGGUAGGAUUCAUUCAUAAAAUUAAAAAUAGAAAAAAAAAUCACCAGUCCAUGUUACAUCUAGUUAAAGCGCAGAGGUAAUAUGAACACUCAUACCAGCAGCAGCAGUUGCACAUGUGCAAUAUUUGGUUGGAUGAAAACUAAAGAUCUGUGCCGCCAGCUGGACAUUUAAAGUCACUUGCUUCUUUUAUUUUGGACUUGUAUGAGAAGAGCUCGGUUAUGUAUUGUGGAUGUUUAAAAAAAAUGCACGUUUAAGCCUAAAACCAAAUGAUUUGCUGUAUGAAAGCAAACUAGCAGCCUCCUCCUCCUCCUCCUCCAGAACAGCGUCCUAUAGCCAAGCUUGUCCUCCGGGAUCAUCUCUCUGAUCUACAGUAUUUUUAAGCUUCUGUUCCGGUUGUGUAUUUUCUUUUUUCUUUUUUUAUCCUCAUUUAGUUGCAGAAUAAAUCUCGGCUGAGUCUCUUAUAGCGGGAUCUUUGAGACGGAGCUCUUUAUUCAGACGGUCUUCUUAACAGGAUAGUUGGGGAAUGAAACCUUUACGUCUGUUCUGUAUUUAUUGUAAUAUUCACCUGAACACUAUCUGAAAUAUAGAUUAAUUUGAUGUUUAAAUGCAAUGGCAUUUAUAGCAUACUGUAUGUUUAUAAAUAAAAUGUUAUAAAUUAAAA